UUCGAAGCGCUUCUAGACACUUUCUAUCUUCUUCUCAUUUGACAGAAGGAAAAGGAUAGAAAGUGUCUAGAAGCGCUUCGAAGCGUGACUUGGACCGUACCCUUACAGAUGAGAAAAGAUGUAAAGUUAACCAAUUGUAUAUAUUGGAAAGAUACCGGGUUGUGCAAUAAGAGGAUGUAAAACUUCAUCUAUACAAGGUGUUAAAAUAAACAGAUUACCAAGAGAUGCAAUAAAAAGGAAAAAAUGGAUUACGAAUUGUGAAAAACUUGGUGGAAUGGAGAAUUGGUCCCCACUUGACACUGCAUCUUUAUGCGAAUAUUACUUCAUAACUGAUAUGUGGGAAAAAUCACGCGUAGAUGGGAAAAAAAUUGAAAUGCGACGCUGUCCCAACAAUAUUUGGAGAUUUAGUAUAUCAAGUGAAGGAAAAAGUUGAUGGAAAAGUGAUAGAUGCUGACAUAAAAGAAGUUGUUUUGGUACAAGUAGAUUCUUCGACAAACUUCCAUUUUCAAGUAAAAGAAAAUGUGAGUUUUCUUCCAUUACAUCUGAAGCUGUUACCAAAACAUCUAAACUACCAGAACCAGUGAAUACAGUGAUAUUUGACAAACAUAUAUUUGUGAAAAUGUGACAUAAAAGUGCUUGUGUCGCCAUCAGUGGUAGAUCGAGCGUAUGUGUGUCAUCACGUUAGUAGAUGUGGUGGUUGUUACUGCACAGUCACAGUCUUGUUACGUCGUCACAACCAAAUGUUCAAAGACAAGUUUGCGCAAAACUAUAAGUGAAGGAUUAAUGAGUGUUGUGCUAUUUGUGGAUUCUGAAAAAGUUGCAGUUUCAAUUCAGUAUAAUGGGUAAAAUCCGAAAGAAAUGGUCAGACGAAGAACUCAAAAAGGCACUCGCUGAUGUUCGUUCUGGAAAGUCAGUAAAUGGUAUUAGCAAAUCAAGUGGUAUCCCUAAAUCAACGCUAAUAGCAAAAUGGAAAGGAUAUCGACCAAUUGGAAAGAGAUCAGGCCCACCAACUGUAUUAUCUACUGAGGAAGAGGCAAUAAUAGUGCGCUGGAUGCUUUAUCUCAGUCAACGAGGUUUCCCAGUCACAAAAACACAACUGUUAUAUAACGUUGGUUAUUUAAUCAAAAAACUGGGUCGAAAAACACCAUUUACUGAUGGACUACCAGGGCGUCAUUGGUGUGAAGCGUUUUUACGUCGGCAUCCGAACAUUUCUAGUCGCAUAGCUCAAAACUUGCCCAAAAGUCGAGCAUCAGUGACAGAAGAUAUUCUACGCAAUUGGUUCAAAGAGGUCGAACAGCAUUUAGCUGAGAAGCAGUUAAUAGACAUCGAUGGAGCCCGGAUAUUUAAUUGUGAUGAGUCUGCUUUCUAUCUUUGUCCGAAAGGGGAGCGUGUGCUGGUCAGAAAAGGAGAUAAGGCAAUUUAUAACUUCACGCAAAAUGACGAGAAGGAAUGCUUGACGGUGCUAUUCAUGACAAACGCUUCAGGCACAUUGGCUCCCCCAAUGAUAGUUUUUCCCUAUAAAAGAAUUCCCUAUAGCGUCUCGCAAAGUGUACCAAUUGAUUGGGGUGUUGGGAACUCGGAAAAUGGAUGGAUGACGGCCGAAACUUUCUAUAAAUAUAUGAGUAACAUUUUUGAGCCAUGGUUGACAGCACAGAACAUUGAGAGGCCGGUUAUUCUGUAUGUCGACGGACACUCUUCAUAUAUGACGUUACCGACUGCCGAGUUUUGUAUGGACCAUCAGAUAGAACUUAUAGCAUUGUUCCCGAAUGCUACACACCUGAUUCAGCCGCUUAACGUUGCUCUAUUUCGAACUCUUAAAUCCAGUUGGAAAGACUGCAUACAUGACUGGCGAGUGCAAAACCAGAGGAAGUUACGAAGAGAAGAUUUUGGACCGCUCCUCAAAGUCGCUAUUGAAUGCAUAGAACUUCCAAGGGUGAUGAGCAAUGGUUUCAGGAAAUGUGGCCUCUUUCCAUUUUCAGCCGAUGCACUCCAAUACAAUCAACUGCUGCAGAAGACAAAAAAUGAUAAGACGACUCUAGUAACUUCGAGACCAGAACAGAAUGCUGAAAAUCAUUUAUUGUUUUUUGAGAGCAACAUCGAAAAAAAUUUAUUGGACAAAUUCAGACGUGCUAAUGAAACUGGAACCUAUAGCGGCAACAUCGAAGACCUUGGCCUCUUCUUUUUUUGGCAAAAGAUUUUGAAAUUAUCAAGUAACAAUUUUAAUAAGUUUUAAUUUUUUAAAAUUUUCUUAAAUUACUUUAUAUAUAUAUUAUAUAAUAUAUAUACAUAUAUUCCAAGGAUAAUUAUGAUUAUUCAUGAACUUAAUCGCGUGUUGUAUAACUGAUUUGAUUUUGAAAUGAAUUUAUUUUUUAAUUCGUA